UCUUCUGCGAGAGCUGCGCCAUUCCCAUCUGCAGGGAGUGCAGCAUGGGCCGUCACCUGGGCCACACCUUUGCUUACCUCCAAGAUGCCGUGCAGGACUGCAGGGCCGACACCAUCCAGCUGCUGGCAGACGCACAGAAGGGACGACAGGCUGUGAAGCUGAGCAUGGAGAAGGUCCAGGCCAUGGCGGAGCAGGUGGAGAUGAAGGCUAAGGUGAUGCAGAGUGAGGUGAAGGCCCUGGUCCUCAGACACAAGACAGCACUGGAGGAGAGAGAGUGUCAACUACUGUGGAAGUUGGAGAAGAUCCGGCAGGUGAAGGCCAAGUCGCUGUAUCUUCAGGUGGAGAAACUGCACCAGAGUCUCAGCAAGUUGGACAGCUCCAUCGCCGCCGUCAGCCAGGUUCUGGAUGAGGGACGCCACAUCGACGUGCUGCUGGCGCGGGAGAGAAUGCUGAGUCAGAUCCAUGAGCUGAAGGCCCUGAGGGCCCUGAUGCAGCCGCAGGAGGACGACUGCUUCAUGUUCACACCUCCGGACCAGGCGCUCUACAUAGCCAUCCAGUCCAUGGGCCUGAUCAGCAGUGGCGCCUUCGCCCCCGUCACCAAAGCCCAAGGCGAAGGUCUGAAAAGUGCGCUUCAGGGCAAGCACGCCUCCUUUACUGUGAUGGGAUACGACCACGACGGGGAGCCGCGUCUGUCCGGCGGUGACGUCGUGACCGCCAUGGUCAUGUCCGUCUCCGACAGCGCCAUGUCCACCGCCGACAUCAGCGACCACCACAACGGCUCGUACACCGUCAGCUACGUGGCCAAAUGUGAGGGCGAGCACCUGGUGUCCGUGCUGGUGUGCAACCAGCACAUCCAGGGCAGCCCCUUCAAGGUGUUUGUCAAGUCAGGACGCAGCUACGGAUCCCUCGGCGCACAGGUGUCAUCCUUCGGUGCCGAGGGCGAAGGUGACGGUCAGCUGUGUCGUCCCUGGGGAAUCAGCGUGGACAAGGAGGGUUAUGUGGUGGUGGCGGACCGCAGCAACAACCGCAUACAGAUAUUCAAACCCUGUGGCGCAUUUCACUACAAGUUUGGCUCUCUGGGGUCCCGACCGGGUCAGUUUGACCGCCCGGCCGGGGUGGCAUGUGACAGCCAGAGACGAGUCAUUGUGGCCGACAAGGACAAUCACCGUGUGCAGGUGUUUACGUUUGAGGGCCAGUUCCUUCUAAAGUUUGGGGAGAAGGGGACCAAGAACGGGCAGUUCAACUACCCCUGGGACGUGGCUGUCAACUCUGAGGGUAAGAUCUUGGUCUCAGACACCAGGAACCACCGUGUGCAGCUCUUUUCCCACGACGGCUCUUUCCUCAACAAGUACGGCUUUGAGGGGGCUCUGUGGAAACACUUUGACUCCCCGAGAGGCGUGGCCUUCAACCACGAGGACCACCUGGUGGUGACCGACUUCAACAACCACCGGCUCCUGGUCAUCCGGCCGGACUGCCAAUCGGCUCGCUUUCUGGGCUCCGAGGGCAUCGGUAACGGUCAGUUCCUGAGGCCUCAGGGCGUGGCUGUGGACCAGGAGAACCGCAUCAUUGUGGCAGACUCGCGCAAUCACCGCGUGCAAGUCUUUGAGCCCAAUGGCAACUUUUUAUGCAAAUUUGGAACUCAGGGGAGUGGCUUUGGACAGAUGGACCGCCCUUCUGGUGUGGCCGUGACGCCGGAUGGAGUCAUCGUGGUUGUUGACUUUGGGAACAAUCGGAUCCUCAAGUUCUAGGGGGAACAAACCCAAGGUUCUCUCCCUCUGUUUCACCGUUUUCUGAAGGAAACGGAGGCCAGAGAAUGAAUCCCAAAACUGGAGGAGAGCUGAAGGAGGACUUGAGAGCAGGUUGAUGAGAAGGAAAUGAGCUCACAUUCUGGUUGAUUGAUCAAAGGGAAACUUCCAUAACAUUUUCCUUUCCUCUUUCUCAGCUGCUCUCAAUUCUCUGGAAUCUCUCCUCAAGAAUCCUUCUCAGGGAAUUUCUCACUUUUCUUGAACGCUGGUAAGCUCUCUGCUCCACACCUACCUCAUGUAGCUCUUUAUGAAUGUCACUGAGCAGAGGUUUAUUAGUCAAGAAGUCUACCUCUAUACUUUAUUUAAGAGAGACACAAAAAGAUUCUUUAUUUUUUCUUCUUGCACAGGAUUAAUGGAAUUCUUGCUGUGCUAUUGUUUGACUAUGAGUUAAGUGAACCUCCUGAAUGUUGUUGCUGAGACCGCUGCAUUAUUCAUUCUCAGUAGAAGGCUUUCCUCGGACACGUACACUCGUCCUUUUCUUCUUGUUGCAUAGUCGUGACGGCCCAGCCAGAAAAAUCCAUAGCUCAGGUUAUAGUUGGGCUGAUAAGAACCAAGGAAGGCUUUUCAGGCCCUCCUAUUUAGCUUUACCGCCUCGCGGAUUAAAUGCAUUCUUGGAGGACCAAUCACUUUUAUUGUCCUCACCACCUCGUUGCAUCUGGUCAGACUGGACCCAUGAGGCCUAAAGAUCCAGUUCUGAACCACAAGGAUGCAAAGAUUAGUAUGCAAGCGUCUCCUUGGAAAAGUGAGGAGCCAUGUGAUGCAUUUGUUGAGAUCUAUUAGUGAUCUUAACGUAGAGAUUUAAUCGUAGAGUCCAUGUCCCCCCUGAGGCAUGCUGUGUGACAAAAGCCUCAAGUCCACGGUCUGGAGGACAAAAAGAACACCACCACUUUGCAAUCCUUUGGAUGGCGUGGUGGAAUAGCCACCCCUAUAGGGCGAUUGGACCUGACCGCAAAGCCACGCCCACCCCAAUUUAUUAUAAACGCUCAGGUCAUCGCACCCGGUGCUAGUAGACCGAUCCUCUAAAGAUGGAGGUCUAUUGACCAACUACUAGUCAACCAAAGUUAGAAUAUCUGCACAGGCCAACUAUAUAUAUAUCUAAAGAGAAAAGUCAGGUCGUUAAAUAAUCAUUGCUGGCAUAACUCAUGGAGUUGAUAGUGCUGUUGGAGAAAAUAAGAUCCUUUUUUCUCUCCACCUAGAGAACCAAAGAGAAGCCCAUUGCAGUAUCCCCCGAACUCACUGCCCCGUCUUAUGUACAACAAUCCAUAACUGGAACACAGACGGCAGUAGCCCAGAAUGGCAGUAGCAACCCAUAACUGUAGCAACCCAUAACUGUAGUAACCCAUAACUGUAGUAACCCAUAACUGUAGUAAUCCCUUAACAGCAGUAAUCCAAAACUGUAGUAGCCCAUAACUGUAGUAGCCCAAAUCUGUAGUAGCCCAUAACUGUAGUAACCCAUAAUUGUAGUAAUCCCUUAACAGCAGUAAUCCAAAACUGUAGUAGCCUAUAACUGUAGUAGCCCAAAUCUGUAGUAGCCCAUAACUGUAGUAGCCCAUAACUGUAGUAGCCCAAAUCUGUAGUAGCCCAUAACUGUAGUAACCCAUAAUUGUAGUAAUCCCUUAACAGCAGUAAUCCAAAACUGUAGUAACCCAUAAUUGUAGUAGCCUAUAAUUGUAGUAACCCCUUAACAGCAGUAGCCCAUAACUGUAGUAACCCAUAAUUGUAGUAGCCCAUAAUUGUAGUAGCCCAUAAUUGUAGUAACCCCUUAACGGCAGUAGCCCAUAACUGUAGUAACCCAUAAUUGUAGUAGCCCAUAACUGUAGUAACCCAUAAUUGUAGUAGCCCAUAAUUGUAGUAGCCCAUAAUUGUAGUAACCCAUAAACACGGACUUCAAUCUGCACCCCACUUGAAGGCACUGGACAAGUGAAGUUCCAGCAAAAGAAAAGGUAGAAAUAUUCCUCUCCUCUGAGCAGGAACCAUCUGGAACUACAUUCUGCAUCAGCUAGGAAUGAAAGUGUUACCUAGCACUGCCUUCAGUGUCUCUGCAGCAGUGUUACCUAGCACUUCCUUCAGUGUCUCUGCAGCAGUGUUACCUAGCACUUCCUUC